AUGGAUGAAAGGUUCAACAAGUGGCUGCUGACGCCGGUGCUCACUCUGCUCUUCGUGGUCAUCAUGUACCAGUACGUGUCCCCCUCCUGCACCAGCUCCUGCACCAACUUCGGGGAGCAGCCCCGCGCGGGGGAGGCCGGCCCGCCCGCCGCCCCGGCUCCCGCCCGCCGGGCACAGGCGCCGCCCGAGGAGUGGGAACGGCGGCCGCAGCUGCCCCCGCCGCCCCGGGGACCGCCCGAGGGGCCUCGGGGGGCCGCGGCGCCGGAGGACGAGAACGAGGAGCCGGGGGACCCGGAGGAGGAGGAGGAGGAGGAAGAGGAGCCGGACCCAGAGGCCCCCGAAAACGGCUCGUUGCCCCGGUUCGUGCCGCGCUUCAACUUCACCCCGAAGGACCUGACCCGCUUCGUGGACUUCAACAUCAAGGGGCGCGAUGUGAUCGUGUUCCUGCACAUCCAGAAGACCGGGGGCACCACGUUCGGCCGGCACCUGGUGAAGAACAUCCGGCUGGAGCAGCCGUGUAGCUGCAAAGCCGGCCAGAAGAAGUGCACCUGUCACCGGCCCGGCAAGAAGGAGACGUGGCUCUUCUCCCGCUUCUCCACCGGCUGGAGCUGCGGGCUGCACGCCGACUGGACCGAGCUCACCAACUGCGUGCCGGCCAUCAUGGAGAAGAAGGACUGUCCCCGCAACCACAGCCACACCAGGAAUUUCUAUUACAUCACAAUGUUGCGGGAUCCAGUGUCACGUUACCUGAGCGAGUGGAAACACGUCCAGAGAGGGGCCACGUGGAAAACCUCUCUCCACAUGUGUGAUGGAAGAAGCCCCACCCCCGAUGAGCUGCCUACCUGCUACCCUGGGGACGACUGGUCUGGGGUCAGCUUGCGGGAGUUUAUGGACUGCAGCUACAACCUGGCUAACAACCGCCAGGUGCGCAUGCUGGCUGACCUCAGCCUCGUGGGCUGCUACAACUUGACUUUCAUGAACGAGAGUGAAAGAAACACCAUCCUGUUGCAGAGUGCAAAGAACAACCUGAAGAACAUGGCCUUCUUUGGGCUCACCGAAUUCCAGAGGAAGACACAGUUUCUCUUCGAGAGGACAUUCAACCUCAAGUUCAUCUCCCCCUUCACGCAGUUCAACAUCACACGGGCUUCCAAUGUGGAGAUCAAUGAGGGUGCCCGCCAGCGCAUUGAGGAGCUGAACUUCCUGGACAUGCAGCUUUACGAGUAUGCAAAAGAUCUCUUCCAGCAGCGCUACCACCAUACCAAGCAGCUGGAGCAUCAGAGAGACAGGCAAAAGAGGCGGGAGGCGCGGAGGCUGCAGCGGGAGCACAGGGGCCACCAGUGGCCCAAGGAGGAUGGGGCCACAGAGGGGACUGUCACUGAGGACUACAAUAGCCAGGUGGUGAGAUGGUGA